AAUGAAGCUGCAAUUAAUUUGAAACGUUUCCAGGCUGAGCUGCAAACACGAUAUGCAUUUUCAAGUCAAUAAAUAAAAACUGAACACACACAUCUGCACAAACAGCCGACGUUGCAUUGCUUUUUUCAGUUUCCAAACACGAACAAAAAACAAACGCCGGACCAACUGCAAACCAGUUCAACUUCAAAACAACUAAACUAAAACACACCGUUGCCGUCGCUCUCUGUCGCCUGCCUGCCAGCGAGGGGCUUUUGCCGUUUGCUUUUCGCUGGUCAUUUUCGUUAACAAGUCUGACUGGACGUGGAAUGUGUGGGAGUUGUUUUUGGUCUCUGUGUCUCUCUAUUUGCCUUUGCAAUAAUACAUACGCAUAUAGAAUAUAUACGCGUGUGUGUGUGUGUGCCUACACGCAAGAAGCGGCUGUUCAAUUAAAGAACAAAAGAGAUUUUUUUUUAGCUUAUUUAGAAAAGUUUGAAGCCUUAACAUGUCCUACGGAGGAUAUACUCAACUGCCCAGCGGCAGCAUCGAUCAUGAGCACCGCCAGCAACAGGUUGUGGCCAACACAUACGAUGUGCUCCAGCGCACGAGUGAAAGUAUUCAGCGAUCACAGCAAGUCGCAAUUGAGACUGAAACCAUUGGAACCGGGGUACUCGGCGAACUGGGGGAGCAACGGGAAUCGUUGUUGCGCACCACACGGCGACUGGAAGACGCCGAUCAGGAAUUGUCGAAAUCGCGGAUUAUCAUACGCAAGCUCAGCCGUGAAGUGCUCUACAACAAGAUUGUUUUGAUCUUAAUCAUUAUACUGGAGGUGGCCAUCCUCAUUGGCCUCCUAGUGCUGAAGUUUGCACAUCUGUAAAUUCCAAAGAUAUCCUGUAUUUGUAUUGAAUAUGGACUUUUAUUUAGUAUAUCUCUGUUUUGCAUCUAACAAUUCUAGGUUAAGAACAUGCCUCAGACAUGUAGGAUAUUGUGUUGUAAAUGGUACAUAUAUAUAAUCGAUAUUAAUAAAACACAGCUAAAAAUUA